GGCAGCCUUCGCCACCCACGGCCUGGAGCCUGGGAGAACCAGAAGCGACGCCCGGCUUACCCGCCUCAUCACAACUUGCCCAGACAAGACACGCUUUGCCUUGCACCCUGGAAGAAGGAGCCGGCCUGCCUCUCUCCGCUCGGUUGCCCCGCCUCUGCGCCAGCAGCAAUCCCGGCAUCUGGGGCCCUGUUGGUGACGCCCCGUGGCUUGAAGCGCCCGGCUUUCGCCCAGGAGCGCGCAGCUGGGGUACUGGAAGCGCAGCGGUGAGCAACACGCCUCUGCUGUUCCCGCCAGCCCAGUGGAUGGAGCCCAGAACCCACAAACCUGCCAGGAAAGAAAAAAAAUUUCCUGAUGGUUGGUCCAAGCAGGGCCUCCCUGGUGGAUUGAGGAAUGCCUGGCUUUUCCUCGGCUCCUUGAUCUCCGAGGUAACCACUGGCAGCCUCCAGAAGACCCCCACAAUGAGAGGCCUGGGGUCUGCAGGUCACUGCUAGGAUUUUUUAAAGAAUGCAGCACCGACACAGAUUUGUAAGGUCCCUGGGCGCAUGCUGAACGCGCGUGGGCGGACACGCCCUGUGCUCCAGGUCGGGGCUGGGCGCUGCCAUAGCAACGUCCUGGACGCCCAGAUCUUAGGCCGCCGCCGCAGCAGCGGGGGUCUGGGCCUUCACCAGCUCACGAGGGGUGUGGCGGCGGCGGCGGCGGCCCCGAGGCGGCCCGGGCCAGGUAGACUCCACCGCCCCGCCCCUCCAAUGCAAGCCUAGGCGGGCGGACUGGCUUGCAAGCAUGCCCUUCCAGAAGCACGUCUAUUACCCUCUGGCCAACAGCCCCGAGGGGCCCGACGCCUCUGCGGCAGGCGCGGCCCCCAUGGCCUUUGUCCCCCCCAGAGCGGCCUCGGGCCCCCUGCCCUUCUUCCAGUUCCGGCCGCGACUGGAGAGCGUGGACUGGAGGCGGCUGAGCGCCAUCGACGUGGACAAGGUGGCCGGCGCUGUGGAUGUCCUGACGCUGCAGGAGAACAUCAUGAACAUCACCUUCUGCAAGCUGGAGGACGAGAAGUGCCCGCACUGCCAGUCCGGGGUGGACCCGGUGCUGCUGAAGCUCAUCCGCCUGGCGCAGCUCACCAUCGAAUACCUAAUGCAUUCCCAGGAGUUCCUCACCUCCCAGCUCAACCUGGUGGAGGAGAGGCUGCGCCUGAGCCUCAUCGACUAUGAGCAGAGCAAGCAGCUGCUCGCCAAGCAGGCCGGCGAGAUCAAACUGCUCAAGGACGAGUGUAAGCGCAGGAAGAAGAUGCUAUCCGCACAGCAGCUGAUGAUUGAGGCCAAAGCCAGCUAUUACCAGUGCCAUUUCUGUGACAAGGCCUUUAUGAACCAGGCUUUCCUACAAAGCCACAUUCAACGCCGCCACACUGCAGAGUCUCACCUCGAGUAUAACACGAAGGCGCAGACGGACAGGCUCCAGAAGGAGGUUGACAUGUUGAAGGAGCAGCUGCAGCUCACCAGGUCUCAGCUGGAGUCUGCCCAGUACGCCCAUGCAGUCCGGUUCUCUAAGGAACAGGAAAUGCAGAAGACAAAAGAAGACGACUUUCUGAAGUUAUUUGAUAGAUGGAAAGAGGAAGAGGAGGAGAAGUUGCUCGACGAGAUGGAGAAGGUCAAGGAGAUGUUCAUGAAGGAAUUUAAAGAAUUAACUUCCAAGAAUUCGGCAUUAGAAUAUCAAUUGUUAGAGAUACAGAAGUCCAGCAUGCAGAUCAAGUCCAACAUAGGGACCCUAAGGGACGUCAGCGAGUUGAAAGAAGACCACUCCGCACAUCCCCAGGAUCUCCAGAACACCUUGCAGCUCAUCAGCAGCCAGGAAAGCAAGCGGUCAGAUCAAUUGCAAGUUCUCAACGAGAAGCACAACAAGGAGAAGGGACAGAUCCCGUCACACGUAGACAAGCUCCGAAGCUCCUUGGUGAAAGAACUUAAAGCAGAGAAUGUUUUCUACAAGAGGUGGGUAGAAGAGCUGGACCAGAAAGUGCAGGAGCAGAGUGAGUUCAUCCUCAGUCAGAAGCGACAGAUUAGAGAAUUCACCAGUAAACCGUACAGCAGUGUCAGUGAGCUGAAAGGGAAUCCUCUAACCUGGCAAGCAGUGGACUCUAAACCCGCGGGCCCUGCUGCACCCAUGGGUGCCCCUGCCACUCAGACUCUGGAUGGCGCAUCCAGCCUGGCCAUGGUGCAUGAGCAGGCCUUCUCGUCACAUGUACUUGAGCCAAUAGAGGAGCUCUCUUCAGAGGAGGAAAAAGGGCGAGAAAAUGAACAGAAAUUAAAUAAGAAGACGCAUUUCAGGAAAACCCUGAGGAGCAACCCCUCCUCCAAGAGGCUGAGGACGAACUUGGAGAAGGAGCUGGGCAAGAAGCUGAGGAGCUUUGGGAUUGACGCGGACAUACACGGCAUCCCGUGUGAGAUCCUGAAUAAAUCACUCAAAGCCAUGCAAUUAGCCAGACAUGAUCUAGCAAAGCAGAUGCCCGACAUCCAGCAAAUCCGAGAAUCCCUUGAACAGCAGCUGAUCUGUAAAAUCGAGGAGAAGGUGUCCCUGUUUUCAGACAGGCACAAUGACCCUGCCGUGACCGCCGCUCCAGCAGAAGAAGUUCCCAGAGUCACCCAGUUUCCCCCCCAAAGCAGACCACUGGCCACGCAGAGGGCUGUGUUUGCUGAUAAGAUGGCUGCGCCAAAACUUAAGAAAAAUACCAAAGAAAAUCAUUUUAUCAGAAAGUUUUCAGCUACCAAGACGCCUCCCUUCAGCUCGGAGGAGGACCUGGGUGAAGAGGACAUCAUCGAGGCGUAUGUAUCUCCAGACCUGAUGAUGGUGCAGCCGUCUAAAAACAGUUUGGGUAACUUCAGAAAGAGCUCCGCCAGAAGCGACACGGACUGGACAGAGGGAAAUGAAAUGGAGGGCUCAAAUGUUUCCCCCGAAGCUAUAGGAACCUCCAUUAAGAUACAAACCGAAGAUGUUGGGAGCAUGGUUGUACACCAAGGAAGUGGGAAUAAGCCAGUCACCGGAACGAACCCUGCCGAGACACUUGCCAAGAAGGAGGAAGUGCAAGAGUUAAAGUGCGCCGAUGAGGACAACUGGGACAUCUCAUCCUUGGAGGAAGAAAAGUCUGUGGAGAAAAAGAUGGAGCAGAGGGAGCCUCCGCCUGUGAAGAGAGAUCUUAGCUCCAGUCAAGUGCCAAGGGCCUGGGGCCCAGUGAACCCUCGGGAAUUCAAGGAAGAAGGACGUCAGGAAAACGAUUCCAGCGCAAUGAGGAGCAGCCUAAUCACUGUGACAGACUGGAGUGACGUCUUGGACAUGUAACCGCAGUUCCACACGUCAGAGAACUGUCCCAGCAGCCAGCAGCAUUUUCGACCAACAGCCUAUAAGAUCCUAACGUUCCUUAGUGUUUCCCACCUCAAUGAGGAGGCCCGUUCAGAGCAAGGACAUCUUUUACCACACCUAACGCAGUAUUGGAAACUGUCAGCUGGUCCACUGUGUAGAAACAAGAUGUCCUUUAAGUCAUAAAAAGUGUUUCCUGCAGUACGGUACUCUAGUGCUAAAUGUAUUUUUUUUCUAAUUACUUUUAAGUCUUUUUUUUUUUAACUGAUAGUAGGCUUUGGUUUGAGUUACUGUAGCUUUUUAAAAUAUGUAUAUAGUGUUUGUUUAUAGUUUUUAUGUUAUAAAAUUCUGUUAAGUCUCUUCAAAAUUGAAUUAGUGACGUCAGUGACAUUCUACAAGUUAAAUUGGUUGUUCCCCAUAUAGCAGUAAGUCUAGAAUGGUAGCAAUUAACUAGACCCAUGGCAAGUACAUGUCCUGAAGUACCAUUGACCCCACUGACCUUCGAGGCCCUUCUAGCUUGUUGUGACUGACGAGUUAUUUUCUGCAGUGUAAUCUUCAUCUUGGAUAUUUCACGAUUGAUAUGCAACUGUUCUAAACACCAAUGGAUUUUUACGAGACGAUCACUAGAAAAAGACGAGCCAUUCCCGAGUCAUACAUGUGUGUAGUUUCUCUGUUUCCCAGAAUCCACCUCACUAUAAAAUACCUCAGAAAUAACUUACAUUCUUGAACAACGAUCUCAGCAAUGGUCAGAAAGUUUAUAUAUAAACUGUUGGUUUCUUUUUUUAUUUUUUUUGCUUUUUUUAAAAAUAUUUUUUUACACUUUGUGGUACUAUUAGAAUUCUAUCUCAGAAAAAAGGAAGAGGUAACAUUUUAAUAGCUUGUUGAUUUGGGGUCUCCUGUCAUCCAUCAACAGUGCCAGUAAAGUCCUCCAUUGCAUCCUG